UUUCCGAAAGUUGCUCCGUUGAUAACAGCAUAGGCUUUACUGUUGCUUAGUGUACAAAUACAUAUCCAUAUAUACAUAAAGUGCUCCAAUAACAGUAGUAGUUCACCUGCAGUUUGACAUGAGUACAGCUAUGUGUAUCACUAUUUUACUUUAAAAACUGUUUGCAAUAGUAAUAAUAAACUAAUAAGUUAUUAGUUUUACUUAAUAAUAUAAGAGUGUUUAUAAAAAAAUAAUUCUAACAUAAUUAUAUUGACAGUGAUAAUGCUAUAGUGGCAUAAAAAUGGCGACAUGAAAUGGCAGGACGACGGUCAUCGGCUUUAUCUAAUAUAGAAUCCCUGCAAUCCUAUGGAACUCAGGGCUCGUCUGAUCAUUCAUUACGAGAACUUUUUGAAGCAUGUAAAAAUGGUGAUUUACCACGUAUUAAAAAAUUAGUUACUUCUCAGACAGUCAAUGCACGAGAUACAGCUGGUCGUAAAUCUACUCCUCUGCAUUUCGCAGCUGGAUAUGGACGAAAAGAAGUAGUAGAGUUUCUUUUAUCUGCUGGAGCAUCAAUCCAAGCAAGAGACGAUGGUGGAUUACAUCCACUACAUAAUGCUUGCUCUUUUGGACAUUGUGAUGUAGUAAGAUUGCUGUUAGAAGCUGGAGCAAAUCCAAAUACACGUGAUAAUUGGAAUUACACUCCUUUACAUGAAGCUGCCAUAAAGGGAAAAAUAGAUGUAUGCAUUUCUUUACUACAACAUGGUGCGGAUCCAAAUAUUCGCAAUACUGAAGGAAAGACAGCAUUAGAUUUAGCUGAUGCAGCGACUAAACCUGUUCUAACAGGUGAAUACAGAAAAGAUGAGCUCCUAGAAGCUGCAAGAUCUGGAAAUGAAGAAAAACUAUUACAAUUACUCAAUCCUAUAAAUGUAAACUGUCAUGCAAGUGAUGGUCGAAGAUCUACACCGUUACAUUUAGCCGCUGGAUACAAUCGUGCGAGAAUUGUCCAGCUACUUUUACAAAACGGUGCUGAUGUUCAUGCUAAAGAUAAAGGGGGAUUAGUGCCGCUUCAUAAUGCAUGUUCUUAUGGUCAUUUUGAAGUAACAGAAGCAUUAUUAAAACAUGGUGCAGCUGUGAAUGCUAGUGAUUUAUGGGCAUUUACUCCACUACAUGAAGCUGCUAGUAAAUCAAGAGCAGAAGUGUGUUCUUUACUUUUAAGUGAAGGAGCUGAUCCAACACAGUUAAAUUGUCACGGUAAAAGUGCCAUCGAUGUUGCACCAACUUUAGAAUUACAAGAACGAUUAGCUUAUGAAUAUCGCGGACACUGUCUUUUAGAAGCAUGUAGACAAGCGGAUUUAACCAAAUUCAAAAAAUAUUUAUCUUUUUCAUCAUGUUCAUCAUCGAAUACCUCAAAUUCAUCUGCAUCGUCAACGCUCACAUCGACAUCGUCUUCAACGUCAACAUUAGAAUUGAUUAAUUUUAAACACCCAUUUACCGGUGACACACCUUUACAUUAUGCUGUUGCUUCACCAUAUCCUAAGAGAAAACAAAUAAUAGAAGCAUUAAUACGAAAAAACGCACUAUUGAAUGAAAAAAACAAAGACUUUCUAACACCUCUUCAUGUUGCUACGGACCAUUCUCAUUACGAUGCUAUGGAUAUAUUAUUAAGGCACAGUGCUAGAGUUAAUUCACUCGAUGGGCUUGGACAAACAGCUCUUCAUCGAUGUGCUCGUGAAGAUAACGUUCAGGCAGCUAAAAUUCUUCUUUCAUACAAUAUUGAUCCUUCAAUUGUAUCGUUACAAGGCUAUUUAGCGUCCCAAAUAGCCGGAGAAAAUGUAGCUAAAUUAUUUCUCAAUCCUCCAUUAUCAUCGUCGAUUGCUAUUUCUAAUUGUUGCACUAGUUGUACCACCAUUACUACCACUACUACAACGACCACUACUUCUAUACCUAAUGUUACGACAGCAGUCACCAAUAGUCUAACUUAUUGUAAUAGUGGUACUAGUGCGAAUGUCAAUAAUGGAACAAAUAAUGGAGUCUGUAUACAAAACGACACAAUUAGUAUUGGAAAUACUCCAUCGACUGCUGUAGUUGAAGUACAACUUUUAGAAGCGAGCAAAUCAGGUGAUUUACAAGCUGUAGAAAAAAUACUUUUAUCGAAUCCACAUACUGUUAAUUGUCGUGAUUUAGAUGGCAGACAUUCAACACCGCUACAUUUUGCUGCAGGAUAUAACCGUGUACCAGUUGUGGAAUAUCUUUUGGCUCACGGGGCUGAUGUUCAUGCUAAAGAUAAAGGUGGACUAGUACCUCUUCAUAAUGCAUGCUCUUAUGGUCAUUAUGAAGUGACAGAACUUUUAGUAAAACAUGGAGCAUCAGUCAACGUUGCUGAUUUAUGGAAAUUUACACCUCUACAUGAGGCAGCUGCUAAAGGAAAAUGUGAAAUAGUACGACUUUUAUUACGGCAUGGAGCUGAUGCGACGAAAAAAAAUCGUGAUGGAGCUACACCUUUAGAUCUAGUCCGUGACGGUGAUCAAGAUGUUGCAGAUUUACUGAGAGGUAACAGUGCAUUGCUUGAUGCUGCGAAGAAAGGUAAUUUGGCACGAGUACAAAGACUCGUAACGCAAGACAACAUAAAUUGUCGAGAUGCUCAAGGUCGUAAUAGUACACCAUUACAUCUAGCAGCGGGAUAUAAUAAUCUUGAAGUCGCUGAGUUUUUAUUAGAACGUGGUGCUGAUGUUAACGCUCAAGAUAAGGGUGGUUUAAUACCACUUCACAAUGCAUCAAGCUAUGGUCAUCUAGAUAUUGCCGCUCUUCUUAUUAAAUAUAAUACUGUCAUAAACGCAACUGACAAAUGGGGAUUUACUCCAUUACAUGAAGCUGCACAAAAAGGUCGUACACAACUUUGUGCUCUUUUAUUAGCUCACGGAGCAGAUCCUUUUCUUAAAAACCAAGAAGGACAGAGUCCUGUGGAUCUUGCAAGCGCUGAUGAUGUAAGAUGCUUAUUACAAGAUGCCAUGACAUCGCAACAAGUUAUUCCAUCAAUUCCUCCUUUAUUACUUGCAUCAUUAUCACCAUCACGUGUAUCACCAUCAAUAAUUAAUAAUUGCGAUAAUCAAGUGGUUAAUGGCGGUACUAAUUUAAUUAUUAUUGGAAAUUCAGUUAAUAAUAAUAAUACUAGUAAUAGUUCGACAAUUACAUCAUCAUCAACGACCAGCACAACUUUAUUAGCAACAACAUCAAUUUCUACAGCAGUAAAAACGACAUUAUCUUCGUCUUUACAAUCACCAUCAGCAUCAUUAAUACCAUCAACAACAAUAUCGACAUUAUCGUCAUCGAUAUCUUCACCAUUUUCGUCUACCUCAUCAUCUAAUUUCAUACAAGAGACUGUUAUUAUGCCGUCUGGAGCUGCGAUGACACUUUGUGUACCAGUAAUUGGACCUGGUACCGGUAUAAGACAAUCAGUGAACAAUUGUAACAGCAAUUCUUCAACUGUAACAUGUUUAAAUACUGUCCCAUCAUCGUUACAAUCAUCAUCCCUGUCAACAUUAUCUAUUUUAGAUAAUUCUUCGAUAACAACAGAGAAUACGUGCAAUAAUCAUCAAAUAAUGGUUAAUAGAGAUAAAAAUAAUAGUAAUUGUGACGAGAAAAACUGUAGUGAUAGUACAGUGGGUAUGAUUACUAAUAUAGCUAGUUUUCUUCAAAGUCUUGGACUCGAACAUUUAUUAGAACUUUUUGAAAAAGAACAAAUAACUUUAGAUAUCUUAGCAGAAAUGGGUCAUGAAGAUUUAAAACAAGUUGGAAUUACUGCUUACGGGUAUCGACAUAAGCUUAUUAAAGGAAUGGAAAAAUUAUUAAAUUCAUCGACGGGAUCUUCUUUUUGGCAACAACCGUCUCUCAAUAGUAGUAAUCCGGGUACACUUCUUGUUGACCUUCUGGCGGACGAUAAAGAAUUUUUGGCAGUAGAACAAGAAAUGCAAAGUACAAUUCGAGAACAUAGAGACAAUGGCCACUCAGGUGGUAUAUUUUCGCGGUAUAAUAUUAUUAGAAUUCAAAAAGUGCAAAAUCGAAAAUUAUGGGAACGCUAUGCUCAUAGAAGACAAGAAGUAGCUGAAGAAGUGAGUGCUGCAGCGGCUGCAGCUGCAGCAUCAUCAACAGGACCAUUGUCACCUUCAUUAGCUUCUACUACCUCUAGUACCACUAAUUGUAUAGGAAAAACAUCAUCUAGAAAUAAUCAACAACAACAACAACAACCUGUACCUACCAUGCCGCAAGCGAAUGAACGAAUGUUGUUCCAUGGAAGUUCAUUUAUCAAUGCAAUUGUUCAAAAGGGAUUCGAUGAAAGACAUGCUUAUAUUGGAGGCAUGUUUGGUGCUGGGAUCUAUUUUGCUGAACAUAGUAGUAAAAGUAAUCAAUAUGUUUAUGGAAUUUGUGGAGGUACAGGAUGUCCCGCUCAUAAAGAUCGAAGUUGUUAUAUUUGUCAUAGGCAUUUAUUACUGUGUCGUGUAACUCUUGGUAAAUCAUUCCUACAAUUUUCGGCAAUGAAGAUGGCUCAUGCACCGCCAGGACAUCAUAGUGUAAUGGGUCGACCAUCGCAAGGGGGUUUAGCAUUUCCGGAAUACGUUGUGUAUCGUGGUGAACAGGCCUAUCCCGAAUAUCUCAUAACAUACCAGAUUGUACGACCGCAGCAACAACAACAACAACAUCAACGAGAUUCUGUUUUAACAAGUCUUAAUAUUUCAACUAAUGAAAGUACCGAAGAACGCAGUAAUGUCAGUCUGAGACGGUUUAAAUGUGUUCCUUAGCGGUGAUGUCGGCAGAAUUAUUAGUUGGACGUAGUCCACCAGCAACAUACAGUGGGCAUCAUUUCUUUUGUGCCAAUUCUCUAUUAGCGACAGCAGCAUCUCAAUCACCAACGAUAAUAGGAAGUUCUUUAACAUCAACCACCACUACG